AUGCUGAGUUUGUCUAUAAAACAUGGAAUAAUCCCCACAAGAAAUGGAACUAUUUAUUGUAGUUGGGAUUUUAGGAAUUCUUUUUCAUUUGUGACAUCCACGUUAAGCAUGAUAGGUUAUGGGUUAAUUGCACCCAGAACUCCUAUGGGCCAGAUGUUCUGUGUCUUCUAUUCUUUACUGGGGAUCCCUCUAACUAUCAUAUUCCUGCAAUCUGUGAGUAAUGUAUUAUUACAACCACUUUCAGAAUUUGAGAAAUAUCUUCGGAAUAUGGAAAUGAAAGAGACACAAAUUAGAACCUGUGAGCUCCUAUUUUUCUUGGUAACUGGACUUUCCAUUUUCAUCCUUCUACCACCAUUACUUUUCAUGAAAAUGGAGGGCUGGACUUACAAGGAAGGAUUAUAUUUUGCAUUCAUCUCUUUAAGUACCAUUGGCUUUGGUGACUACAUACUAGAGUACAUUAAUUAUGGGAAAAUGGAACAUAAGAAUUCUUACAAAGGUGUUACCACUUACCCAAGCAUUUAAAGCUCAUGUGUGAUGGAAACAGUAGGUACAAAGGAUCAAUCCUAUGCAACAUGUGUUAAGUAUAUUUUCCAGUAGGUAAGUUCACUUUCAAAUUGCAUAUGGAAGAAACAAAGACCCUCCAAGACAUUAAAUAAUCAAGUACAUACCUAAAUUUUAACUGUAAAAUAUCCAAGAAGUCUUUUGUUAUAAAGGCUUAUUCUAUAUGGCCUUUUUGUGUUUGUAACUUCCUUAAAGGAGCAAAGCAAAUCUUCAGGCUAUAUAUUUUGGGAAAUUUUUCCACUGUUCUUGGCUCACUUCUGCCCCAAAUUAGCAUCAUCAUAUCAGGCAUCAUUCUUAUUAUUAACAUAUUUUUUAAACUUAGCCCAAAGAACACAGGUACAGCACUCCAGUAUGCAUGUAUGUGAGGCUUCCCUGGCAGCUCAGCAGUAAAGAAUCUGCCUGCAACGCAGGAGUCGCAAA